UACCACAACUAUGCUCAUACUCCAAAGGGUUUAUGAAAGACAACCAUUUGAGUUCAAGCAUGUAAUUUUCCUCUUUUGGGCUCAAAAGGGGCGUGCAAAAAGGAGAUAGUGAGGCAACGUAUGUAUAAGCUCUGGACGAAACUGAAGUCAACUGGUUUAACCAGAUGAAUCUGACACUUGCAGACAUACUUUACUGCAUCGAACAUUACAAAGCUGUGACACAUUUCAAGAGGACAGUGGAGACAUGACAGAAAAUUAUGAUGGAUUAGUAGGAAUGGGAUCGAGAAAGAACCUCAUGAGCUUAAACACAAAUUCUGUCAAAGAAGAGGGGGAUGUGGUCAGCUGUGUCUCUAUAAAAAGCAACUGUUCUCUUAAAUAACCUAUUGAAUUUAAUGAUAAAUCAGGAUUCAGUAAAUCAAGUGUGGUGAGGGAUGAUGUAAUCCGGUGUCAGUCCAGAUGUGAAGUUUAUGAGCAGGUUCUGACAGAUGCUGUCACCUGUGGUGAGGGAUUAAGCAGACAGUGUGUUACUGCUACAUCAGAGGACUUUGACUCUCUUCAGUACAGAAAUAAAUCUAGAACAUGUCCUGUCGUGGAACCAGCCCUGUUUGAGGAGACUGGUUAUCUGCAGCAGGAUUCUCUCCAAUCAGACGAUGUUCUUCAGAAAGUCAAAGACCAACACAAAACCAUCAUGAAGAACAAGUAUGAGUGCCUAUCUGAGGGAAUAAAAAUACAAGAGAAUGAAACACUCCUGAACAGGAUCUACACACAACUCUGCAUGUUACAGGGAGAGAGUGAGGGGGUGAAUGAAGAACAUGAGGUUUUACACAUGGAGAAAAGAGGCAGAAGACAAUACCCACAAGACACUGCAAUCGACUGCAAUGACAUCUUUAAAGCCUCAUCUGAUCCAGGAUGUGAGAAGAAAGACCAAAUCAAGACUGUUCUUACUAAAGGCAUCGCUGGAAUUGGAAAAACUGUCUCUGUGCAGAAAUUCAUUCUGGACUGGGCUGAGGGUCAAGCCAAUCAGGAUAUAGAUUUCAUGUUUGUGCUUCCAUUUCGAGAGCUGAACCUCAUUAAAGAUAAUCAGUACAGUCUUCACAGACUUCUGCUGGACUUUCAUCCUGAACUUCAAUAUCUGGACUCAAAGAUUUAUGAGGAGUGUAAAGUUGUGUUCAUCCUUGAUGGUCUGGAUGAAAACAGAAUUCCACUGAUGUUAUCAGACAGUGAGAAAGUUUGUGAUGUGACUGAGACAUCAUCAGUGGGUUUGUUGAUGUCAAACCUCAUGAAAGGAGAGCUGCUUCCCUCUGCUCUCAUCUGGAUCACCUCCAGACCAGCAGCAGCCAAUCAGAUCCCCUCCAAAUACAUCAACCAUCUGACAGAGAUACAGGGAUUCAGUGAUCCUCUGAAGGAGGAAUAUUUCAAGAAGAGAAUCAGUGAUGAACAUCAAGCCAGCAGAAUCAUCUCACACAUCAGAAGAGCAAGAAGCCUCCACAUCAUGUGCCACAUACCCGUCUUCUGCUGGAUCGUAUCCACUGUGCUUCAGAAGCUCCUGAAAGAAGAUCUAAGUGCAGAAAUCCCUCAAACUCUGACUGAAAUGUAUGUACACUUCCUGCUCAUUCAGAUCAAUAUGAGUCAGAAAUAUGAAGAGAGAGAUCUAGAGAAACCUCUGCAUUCCAACAGAGAAAUGAUUUUAAAACUUUCUGAAUUGGCUUUUAAACAGCUGAUGAAGGGCAAUGUGAUGUUCUAUGAGGAGGACCUGAGAGAGAGUGGCAUAGACGUCACUGAUGUGAGGCAUCAUUAUUCUGGUAUAUGUACUGAGAUCUUUAGGGAGGAAUCUGUGAUUCAUCAGAGCAAAGUCUACUGCUUUAUUCAUCUGAGCUUUCAAGAGUUUCUUGCUGCUUUUUAUGUAGUUUACUGCUAUUUAUGUGACACUAGAGAAUCACUUUUUGACUCACUACAUAAUUUGCAUACACGAGUAUUCAAUAAAGUCCAAGAGAGUGAAAAUGGCCAGUUGGAUCUUUUCCUGCGAUUCCUGCUGGGCAUCUCAUUGGAGUCCAAUCAGAGACUCUUACAGGAUUUACUGACUCAGACAGAGAACAGCUCAGAGAGCAUCAAGAAAACUUCACUCUACAUUAAAAGUGCAAUUAAGAACAACUCAUUUCUGUCCACUGAAAGAUCCAUCAAUCUGUUCCUCUGUCUGCUGGAGAUGAAAGAUCAGUCUCUGUGCAAGGAGAUUCAGGAGUUUCUGGAAUCAAACAAACACUCAGAGAAACUCACUCCUCCUCAAUGUUCAUCAAUCACCUACAUGCUUCAGAUGUCAGAGGGGGUUCUGGAUGAGCUAGACCUGAAAAAAUACAACACAACGGAGGACGGUAGAAGAAGACUGAUGCCAGCUGUGAUGAAUUGCAAAAAAGCUUUACUUGCUGACUGUAAUCUCACUGGUCAAUGCUGUGCAAUUGUAACUUCAGCUCUGAAAUCUUCAAAGUUCCUCCUAAGAGAGCUGGACCUGAGCAACAAUGACCUACAUGAUUCAGGAGUGAAGCUGAUCUCUGAUGCACUGAAGACAACAAACUGUCCCCUGGAGAUAUUGAGAUUAUCUGGCUGUAUGGCGACAGAGGUCGGCUGUUGUUAUCUGGCUUCAGCCCUGAGGUCAACUUUACACCUGAAAGAGCUGGAUCUGAGCUACAACCACCCUGGAAAAUCAGUCAAGCUACUCAAUGAGAAACUCAAUGAUCCAAAUUGCACACUGGAAAAGCUCAAUCUGACCCAUAACGAACAUUUCAGAAUCACUCCAGGACUACAGAAAUAUGCCUGUGAUCUCACACUGGAUCCAAACACAGCAAAUACUUGUUUACUUCUGUCUGAAGACAACACGAGGGUGACAUAUAUAAAAGAAAAUCAGCCAUACCCUGCUCAUUUAGAGAGAUUUGAUUGAAUGUUUUCAGGUUCUGUGUCGGGAGAGUCUGACUGGACGCUGUUACUGGGAAGGCUGAAUGGAGUGGGAGGGGCACUUUUAUAUCAGUGGCAUAUAAAGGAAUUAGCAGAAAAGGCGAGAGUUAUGACUGUGAGUUUGGAUGCAAUGAAAAGUCUUGGAGUCUGGACUACUCCUAUGACAGAUUUUGUGCCUGGCACAACAAUAAGAGCAAUUACAUACCUCCCCCGUCACCUCCCUCUAAUAGAGUAGGAGUAUAUAUGGACUGGUCAGCUGGCACUCUGUCCUUCUACAGUGUUUCUGACACACACACACUCACACACUUGCACACAUAUAACACCAAAUUCACUGAACCCCUCUUUGGUGGACUUGGUAUUUAUCCUGAUUCUUCAGUUUCUCUUGUCAGAUUGAACAAAAACAACUGAGAAAAUGACUUCCAUUUUCACACUUUCUUGAGUGCAACAAUAACCGCUUUUCCACUGUUGGGCCAGUGUGAGCCAGGGCUAAUAACGUGCCAGGCGUGGCCAAGCACUGAGGCCAAAAUCAAGUUACCUUUCCACUGUCAGGCCAGUAGUCCCGUAGCGCUACCCUAAAACUUGCCCUUAACAUGCCUCCAUGUAAUAACGUCACACAACUCCACCAUUUCACCAGCUGGCUAAAAACAAGCUAAAUCACAAAACAUUACAGGUGAACGUUUGGUCUUUAGGUGAAAACUUAAGAUUCCAGCUUCGACAUUUGACCAGUGUUUUACAAUAACAAAAACAAGUCACAGUGACAGUAAUUUAUUAUUUUGUGUCAGGAGUGCACAUCAAGUCAUGCUGAAUCAAACUGGUAUUUACCAUUUGACAUAAAAAUUGAACAACAUAACUAUUUGGUUACACCUGCUUCUAUUUAUUUGGAAUCACAGGAAAUGCACAAAACAACUCCAUAAUAGCUUUUAAGUCCAAAGGCUUAUACAUUUAGAAAAAUACUGAUAAAAUAUGUUUAUGUCACAUUUCUUUAGAAAGAGUGAGGAUUUCUAUUAUUUUUCCACAAAAUUAAACAAUCUGAGGAGGUUUAAGUGAUCUCUCAUGUCCUACUAUACUGUUAUCGUUUCAGCAAAAGCAACAGAGGAAGCCCUUGAGAAGAAAACAGAAGUUAUGAGUGAUAUGAGUUAAUUGGAGUGCAUGUUUUUAUUUGACAUAUAUGCAGAAGCAUUAGUCCGGUAUUAACAAAGGUGUAGGGAAGAGACAGGUAAAACAUGAAACCAAAUAAAAACGCAAUUAUAAUUACAUAUAUAUAUAUCCUAAUUAUUGUUAAUAUGUAAUUCAUUUUUCCAGGAGCUCAUUGCUUCUACCUUCAGUUAAACUGUUAACAAUGAUUGUAAAUUAAUUGCCU